AUGACUUCUUUCAAUGACCAAGGCUUCCCUAUAGUCAACCUAUCCAAUGAUGGCUGGUCUACCGAGAACGAAGCCACUGCCACCUGCUUCUGCGGAUCUGUGCAGUUAGUUCUGCCUCUCCAGAAGCCCGGUCUCAUAAACCGCCAUAUCUGUCAUUGCGUCGACUGCCGAAAGAUCGGAUCCGCCUUCUACCAAUCCAACAUUACAGUAGCAGAUUCGCAUCUCAAGCACGUCCGUGGUGAGGACAACCUUACUAUCUUUGGCGAGACUGAAACGAUACGUGCCAAUGCGCGCAUGACCAACUACUUUUGCAAGACCUGUGGAACCCUUAUGUAUCGACGUGGCGCUCGCUUUCCUGGAAUGUCAAUCUUGCGCACUGGCACUGUUGAUGAUCUCUCCCUGGCGGAAACUAAGUUGCGGCCACAGGUGGAGCAAUUCAUUGAGAGGAGGGUUGCCUGGUCCGUGCCGAUCGAAGGUGCCGCUCAAGCGACAGGGAUGCAUCAACCUUCAGAUAUAGAGGGAAUCCCCUAG